CAGUUCUUCAGAGUGAGUGUCUCUCUCACUCUACCCAGUCGUUAAGUCACAGAGCAGAGGAGGAAAGGAAGGCAGCGAGACCAGGGGAGGUCUGACGACACGAUCCCAGCUUUAAAGGCACCUAUUUCAAAUGCAAAAGGCUUAGAAAUGCAAAUGCACCGUUGAUGUUUGGAUGGGAUUUAAUGGAAGACGAUCUUUUUGAGCUUUAGAACUCAGCUGUCACCCUGCAAAGAGAUGUGAACUUUUCCAGCCUGGACAGAAACUGAAAGAAGCUCAAUAGCAACUAUAGCAUUUUUAAGUUAUCAAUGGAAAGAGUCUGCAUCAGUUUUGGACACUGGAGGUCCAAUGUAAGGAUGGAUGACACAUGUUCCACACCAAUGGUGGUCUUCACCAUCUUCUGAUCCAGCUUUGAAAAAAGACUCCCCAGCUACUUUUCAACUAACCGAGUCGCAAAAGCUUGAGACUGAAGGAUUUUUACUCACCUGCAGGUUUUCCUCAUGAUGAUGUGGUAUAAGUUUGGCUGCCACUUGCUCUCGCUGGCAGCACUUCUGGUGAUUGUAAGCUGCGUAGGAGGGGAACAGAGGAGAGGGACGGAUAGCAGCACGAGUAGCACAGCAAAUGGAAGCAAUUACAGUAACAGACGUUUUCAUAAGAUCCAACACGGACAAUGCACCUACACUUUCAUCCUUCCAGAGGGCGAUGGAGCUGGGGGGGCUCUGUGCAGGGAAGCCAAAGCCGGGACCCCGCAGUACAACGCCAACUCGCUCCAGAGAGAUGCUCCACCACCUGAGCCAGACUUUCCCAGUCAGAAGAUUCAGCAGCUCGAACACAUUAUGGAGAAUUACACCCAGUGGCUCCAGAAGAUUGAGAACUACAUCAAAGAGAGUAUGAAGACAGAGAUGGCUCAGCUGCAGCAAAGUGCAGUCCACAACCACACGGCGGCCAUGUUGGAAAUGGGCACCAACCUCCUGUCUCAGACCGCCGAACAGACGCGCAAGCUAACGGAUGUUGAGACGCAGGUUCUGAAUCAGACAUCCAGGCUUGAGAUCCAGCUGCUGGAAAAUUCUCUUUCCACUAACAAGCUGGAGAAAGAGUUAAUGGUCCAGACCAAUGAGAUCAGCAAGCUCCAUGACAAGAACAGCCUCCUGGAGCAGAAAAUGUUAGAGAUGGAAAUGAGACACCGAGAAGAACUGGAGACGCUGAAGCAGGAGAAGGGGAGUCUGCAGACCCUGGUGGGGAGGCAGAGCGGGGUUAUCAGGGAACUAGAGGCCCAGCUGAGCCGGGCCACGGGAAACAGCACAGUCCUGCAGAGACAGCAGCAGGAGAUGAUGGAUACGGUGCACAACCUGCUCAACCUCUGCUCCAAAGACGGAGUUGUACCAAAUAGCACAAAGACUGUAGAGGAAGAGAAGAGGUUCCGCGACUGUGCCGAUCUGUACCAGGCUGGUUUCCAUAAGAACGGGGUCUACACCAUCCAGAUCAACCCACAGGACAACAAAAAGGUGUAUUGCAACAUGGAAACAGCUGGUGGUGGAUGGACAGUAAUCCAGCGCAGAGAGGACGGUAGUGUGGACUUUCAGAGAACGUGGAAGGAGUACAAAAUGGGUUUUGGGAGUGUUUUGUCAGAACACUGGUUGGGGAACGAGUUUGUUUAUCAGCUGACCAGCCAGAGGCAGUAUGCGCUUCGUGUGGAACUGACAGACUGGGAUGGACACCAGGCCUUUUCACUGUAUGACCGCUUCCAAAUCGGCAGUGAAAAACAAAAUUACAGGCUGUUCCUGAAAAGUCACAGUGGGACCGCAGGCAGACAGAGCAGUCUGGUAAUCCACGGAGCAGACUUCAGCACCAAGGACGUGGACAACGAUAACUGCUUGUGCAAGUGCGCCCUCAUGCUAACUGGGGGUUGGUGGUUCGACGCCUGCGGUCCUUCCAACCUUAACGGCAUGUAUUUCACACAAGGACAACACGUGGGGAAGUUGAACGGUAUCAAGUGGCACUACUUCAAGGGUCCCAGCUACUCCCUACGAGCCACGGCCAUGAUGAUCCGUCCACUGGACUUCUCCUAGUCCUCCAAAAAUCCUGGAACUUCCAAAGCGGCUUUUAUCGCCUUUCGUCUCAUCUCAUUUCGCUGACCGUCCAAGUCGUGAAUCUUUUCUACUAAACCUGGUUUCAUCCCUGGGGUGAGCGCUGUGGCUGGUGCAGAUCCGAUGUGGUGUUUACAUGCUACUGUUGCCUCUUAAUCUUUUCCCUUCUGCACUGUUGUAAAGAGGGAACGUGAAGGACGACGCCAGAAGGACGACCUUAACCGGCUUCCUGUUUCCCCGAACAGACUCACAAACCUGAUCGCAAACUUUCCAUUUUAUUUAAGGACAUUAUGAACUCAGGCGUGUUAUGUGGCACCUGUAAUUCGCGCACAUUUUGAGCACAAUAUAAUGUCAGCUUGUAUUUAUAAAUCAAGCAUUAUGUUAUAACACAUUUUUCCUUUUUUCAGGGACCUUUGUUGCAUAAAACAUGGAGGUUGCGGACUCCUAUUUUUCGUUUUUGUUUUUUUUUUACCUUUCACGGAUGGAACGCCGCUAUCGCAGAGCAGCAGGACUCUUGAACUGCAGGACAGAGCUGAUCUGGAAAGAGAAGAGACGUUUGUAUGUGCAGCCCAUCAGCCCUUUGGUGGAAUUUUAUACUGUUUGUAAUAUUAUUAAUUUGCUAUCCUAAAUGUAUACAAUAUCCAUGUGUUGAAAGUGCGUUUUUGUUUCUUUUUACUGUACAGUGUAUACAGAUUAUGUUGUCUUUAUGUAUAAGAAAUAC